AAGUCUUGGCCUCAGUCUGUGCUCCUAUUGUUUCCACAAAGGGGAUAAUACUACUUCUUUUAAUAUUACAGAGAUACUGUGAAAGUGAAUUAAAAGCUUUUGAGGUGACUGGAAAGAGCAGUCAUGAAUGUCGUGGCUUUGAGCCCCUGAGAAAAUGAAAUAUUUUUCAUUCUGUGCAUGGCUUGGCUUGUAUGAAAUAAAUAGGGCAUGGGGCUGUGUGGUGAGUGAGCUACAAGAAGAAAUACCGAACAAUUGCUUCGUUUUCCCAAAUCUGAUCUGCUGUGUGCACUCAGUGAAAGUGAGCUCUGUGGAAGGGUGGAUUUUUGUUUUAUAUGUGAAAAAGGCAAAUCAAGGUUUUGCAGCUAUCUUUAAUGCUGCCAGUUUUUCAGAGCUUGGAUUUGUAACCUCUAACAUUCUCAUACCACAGCAUUUUGUUGUGGCAGUUUUAGGAAACGCUGGCAAUGCAGAUGAUUUCUGAAUUUGCAUCCCGUUUUCUAUUAUAAAUCUCUCUUUAUUGCUUAUAACACUGCCAAACUGUAGGUUUUUGGGGCAGGAAUUUCCCUCAUUUUGUUGUUGCUAGAUGCUGGUUUUAAAUUAGUUUUAUUCUUAGAAGUGGUAGCUCAAACCUCCAGCAUUUACUUCCCUCCUCUUCCUGAAAACCUUGUUACUCUGUAUAUUAGUAAAAUAAAGCCCUGCUCUUUGAGAAGCUUUGUCUCAUCUGAGAUCUGGAGGAGGGAUUUAAAUUAGCCGACAUGGCCAGAGAUGGUGCUUGUGUUGAGGUUCCUUCCACUCGUGGCUGUUGGUGGCCAGAUUGUUGUGGCCGUUGACAUCCCAUUUGCCAGCAAUGCCUGCUUGAUACCCUUUGUGGGUAUUGUUCUGGGUGGUGGUGAGCCUGGAUAGAGCUGUGGAAGGAGCCUGUUUGUUUCAGUGCAGGCAGGAAAAGAAAAGUCUGAGCUGAGCGAAAGAGCUUGGCCCUUGAAGAAAAACAUGUACUUCGGAAGUUGCACAGCAGUUCAGUGCUUCGACAGUACGUGGCCAAAGCAGAGCUCCCAGUCUUCACAUGGAAUGCAGCUUAUAACGUGGGAUGCUGGUCCUUGCUUCCAUGUUGGAUUUUAGCUGUGGGAGUUUGAUACCUCUCAGCAACUGCUGUCUUUCCUCAGUAUUUGACCUAGAAACCAAGUAAAGCGAUGAGGAGAUUUGUUUACUGCAAGGUGGUUCUAGCCACUUCUCUUAUGUGGGUGCUUGUGGAUGUCUUCUUACUUCUGUACUUUAGUGAAUGUAAUAAAUGUGAUGAUAAGAAAGAGAGGUCUCUGCUUCCUGCUCUGAGGGCUGUUAUUUCUCGAAACCAAGAAGGACCUGGAGAGAUGGGAAAGGCUGUGCUCAUUCCAAAGGAUGACCAGGAGAAGAUGAAAGAGUUGUUUAAAAUCAAUCAGUUUAACCUUAUGGCCAGUGACUUGAUUGCUCUGAACCGGAGUUUGCCUGAUGUGAGACUGGACGGGUGCAAGACUAAAGUCUAUCCUGAUGAACUUCCCAACACAAGUGUGGUUAUUGUGUUUCACAAUGAAGCCUGGAGCACUCUGCUUCGGACUGUGUACAGUGUGAUAAAUCGGUCACCGCACCACCUGCUUUCUGAAAUCAUCCUUGUGGAUGAUGCCAGCGAGAGAGAGUUUCUGAAAGCCUCGUUAGAGAAUUACGUGAAAAAUCUGGAAGUCUCCAUAAAAAUCAUUCGGAUGGAGCAGAGGUCAGGACUGAUCCGUGCACGGCUCCGUGGGGCGGCAGCCUCUAAAGGGCAGGUGAUAACAUUCCUGGACGCACAUUGUGAGUGCACCCUGGGCUGGCUCGAGCCACUGCUGGCCAGGAUAAAGGAAGACAGGAAAACUGUUGUCUGCCCAAUCAUCGAUGUGAUCAGUGAUGACACUUUUGAAUACAUGGCUGGAUCUGAUAUGACUUACGGAGGGUUUAACUGGAAACUGAACUUUCGCUGGUACCCAGUUCCACAGAGGGAGAUGGACAGGAGGAAAGGAGACAGGACCUUGCCUGUGAGGACCCCUACUAUGGCUGGUGGCCUAUUUUCUAUUGACAGAAACUACUUUGAAGAGAUAGGAACUUACGAUGCAGGAAUGGAUAUCUGGGGUGGCGAGAAUCUUGAAAUGUCUUUUAGGAUUUGGCAGUGCGGUGGCUCCCUUGAGAUUGUCACCUGCUCACAUGUUGGCCACGUUUUCCGAAAGGCAACACCUUACACCUUCCCUGGUGGCACAGGGCACGUCAUCAACAAGAACAACAGGAGACUGGCAGAGGUCUGGAUGGAUGAGUUUAAGGACUUCUUCUAUAUAAUAUCCCCAGGUGUUGUUAAGGUGGAUUAUGGUGAUGUAUCCAUCAGGAAAGCACUGAGAGAAAAUCUGAAGUGUAAACCUUUCUCAUGGUACUUGGAAAACAUCUAUCCUGAUUCCCAGAUUCCACGGCGCUAUUACUCGCUUGGUGAGAUCAGGAAUGUUGAAACCAACCAGUGUUUAGACAACAUGGGCCGCAAGGAAAAUGAAAAAGUGGGCAUUUUCAACUGCCACGGCAUGGGAGGAAAUCAGGUCUUUUCUUACACUGCUGACAAAGAGAUCCGCACAGACGACUUGUGCCUGGACGUCUCGAGGCUGAAUGGCCCUGUCAUCAUGCUGAAGUGCCACCACAUGAGGGGGAACCAGCUCUGGGAGUAUGAUGCUGAGUAUAUUGGUAAAUGGGAAUAUAGCUUUGAGACCCAUACAUUUCUUCAUAUAAUCACCCAGUCAUGCCUGACAGUAAGCAGGAUAGAGGAUGGCACCCGUGGUCCCACGGUGGAGGCUUGCGAUGGCAGCCCCUUACAAAUGUGGAUUCUAAGAAACUACACGAGGCUGGAAGUCUUUAGAAAAAUUUUUUACAGCCCCACUGACUAUUUCCUUUAAGAAACGGUUGGAGAAGCUCACCCUGAGGCAUGUCAACAGCAACCAGUGUCUGGAUGAGCCAUCAGAGGAGGAUAAGAUGGUUCCCACCAUGAGGGAGUGCGGAGACAGCCGUUCCCAGCAGUGGCUGCUGCGCAACAUGACCUUGGGUGCC